AUGGGAACGACAUACAUCACCUUCCUUAUAUGUCGACACCCAAGAAUAUGGACACCCAUGAGAAGGGACACCCAUGAGAAGGGACACCCCAGAGAAGGGACACCCCAGAGAAGGGACACCCCAGAGAAGGGACACCCCAGAGAAGGGACACCCCAGAGAAGGGACACCCCAGAGAAGGGACACCCAAGAGUAUGGACACCCAAGAGUAUGGACACCCAAGAGUAUGGACACCCAAGAGUAUGGACACCCAAGAGUAUGGACACCCCAGAGAAGGGACACCCCAGAGAAGGGACACCCCAGAGAAGGGACACCCCAGAGAAGGGACACCCCAGAGAAGGGACACCCAAGAGAAGGGACACCCAAGAGUAUGGACACCCAAGAGUAUGGACACCCAAGAGUAUGGACACCCCAGAGAAGGGACACCCCAGAGAAGGGACACCCCAGAGAAAGGACACCCAGGAGAAAGGACACCCAAGAGAAAGGACACCCAAGAGAAAGGACACCCAAGAGAAUGGACACCCAAGAGAAGGGACACCCAAGAGAAGGGACACCCAAGAGAAGGGACACCCAGGAGAAUGGACACCCAAGAGAAUGGACACCCAAGAGAAUGGACACCCAAGAGAAUGGACACCCAAGAGAAUGGACACCCAAGAGAAUGGACACCCAAGAGAAUGGACACCCAAGAGAAUGGACACCCAAGAGAAUGGACACCCAAGAGAAUGGACACCCAAGAGAAUGGACACCCAAGAGAAUGGACACCCAAGAGAAGGGACACCCAAGAGAAGGGACCCCCAAGAGAAGGGACACCCAAGAGAAGGGACACCCAAGAGAAUGGACACCCAAGAGAAGGGACACCCAAGAGAAGGGACACCUAAGAGAAGGGACACCCAAGAGAAGGGACACCCAAGAGAAGGGACACCCAAGAGAAGGGACACCCAAGAGAAGGGACACCCAGGAGAAUGGACCCCCAAGAGAAGAGACACCCAAGAGAAGAGACACCCAACAGAAGGGACACCCAAGAGAAGAGACACCCAAGAGAAGAGACACCCAACAGAAGGGACACCCAAGAGAAGAGACACCCAACAGAAGGGACACCCAAGAGAAGAGACACCCAAGAGAAGAGACACCCAACAGAAGGGACAUGCUCAAAUUCACUAA